GCGCUGCGGGCGUAGUCCAGUCCGAUUUGUACACUGUAUAGGACGUAACGUGAUAUCGUGGCCUCUUGUCGCGAAUAUACGAUAUUAUUAUCACUUUAAUUUUUAAAGUGACCUAUUCAAGUGACCGUGCGAUUUUAGGUCUUUGUGUUAGUUUUUGAGGCGACGUGAAAUUGAUACCAUGGAGGCAGGAGAUUUUAAAGACUUCGCCAAGGCUAUGACUGACUAUAUAGCAGAAUAUCUGGAAAAUAUAAGAGAUAGGCAAGUAGUACCAUCAGUAAAACCGGGUUACUUAAGACCUCUUGUACCGGACCAGGCUCCUAAGGAACCAGAGCCAUGGACCGCUGUAAUGGCUGACAUCGAACGUGUGGUUAUGUCUGGAGUAACACAUUGGCAUUCUCCACGGUUUCAUGCCUAUUUCCCAACGGCUAACUCGUACCCGUCCAUCGUGGCUGACAUGCUCAGUGGUGCCAUCGCCUGUAUUGGCUUUACAUGGAUUGCCAGCCCGGCGUGUACCGAACUCGAAGUAGUGAUGCUAGAUUGGUUGGGUCAAAUGCUAAGCCUGCCGGAAGCGUUCUUAGCCCGUUCUGGGGGAGAAGGCGGUGGCGUCAUACAAGGCACGGCCAGCGAAGCUACACUCGUCGCACUGCUUGGUGCUAAGGCUCGAACAAUGCAACGUGUUAAGGAAUCACACCCUGAAUGGACAGAAUCGGAAAUUCUUUCAAAACUUGUCGGAUAUUGCAAUAAGCAGGCCCAUUCAUCUGUGGAGCGAGCUGGUCUUUUGGGUGGUGUAAAACUACGAACUUUGAAGCCGGACAACAAACGACGGCUCCGUGGCGAUAUAUUACGUGAAGCCAUGGAUGAAGAUAUCCGUAAUGGACUUAUUCCUUUCUAUGUAGUCGCAACUUUGGGUACGACUUCGUCUUGCACUUUUGACGCUUUGGAUGAAAUAGGUGAUGUAUGCAACGAGCAAGACGUAUGGUUGCACGUAGACGCCGCUUAUGCCGGAUCUGCAUUUAUAUGUCCAGAGUAUCGUUAUCUUAUGAAAGGUAUAGAGAAAGCAGAUUCCUUUAACUUCAACCCUCAUAAAUGGAUGUUAGUGAACUUUGACUGUUCCGCACUGUGGUUGAAACAACCACGUUGGAUCGUUGAUGCUUUUAAUGUAGAUCCUCUCUACUUGAAACAUGACCAGCAAGGGUCAGCGCCUGAUUAUCGACAUUGGCAAAUUCCUCUCGGUCGACGAUUUAGAGCUCUUAAGCUGUGGUUUGUUCUAAGGUUGUACGGCGUGGAAAACCUUCAAAAGCACAUCAGAAAACAUAUCGCAUUGGCUCAUCUCUUUGAGAAACUUUGCACUUCAGAUGAACGAUUUGAACUUUUUGAGGAAGUCACAAUGGGUUUAGUUUGCUUCAGACUUAAAGGUAGUAACGAGCUAAAUGAAGACUUGCUGAGACGCAUUAAUGGCAGGGGUAAAAUCCAUCUUGUUCCUUCAAAAAUAGAUGAUGUAUAUUUCUUAAGAUUAGCAAUUUGUUCUCGAUUUUCCGAGGAAAGUGACAUCCAUUAUUCCUGGGAGGAGGUUAAAGCCUCGGCAGAAGAUGUACUAAAACUUUCAAAAUAAAUACUAGAACAAAUAAAUUUAUCUGCAACUUUGAAAUAAAUAAGUAUUAUUGCGCAGAAAGUUUAUAAAAUUUUUAAACUUAUUCUUUAAGUUACUGCAAUGUGACUAUACCUACCUACAUGUAAUUAUUUAUUUAGCUAUUUAUUUAUCAUUUGUGAUAUUCAUUGAGUGAGCAUCGUAGUGACUAUAGUGAUGCAAUGUAUGUAUGUAUGUAAUUUAGACGGAAUGAAGUAAUGAAAUAAGUCUAAUUUAUGUAAUUAUUUAAGUCAGACGGCUGACUUAAUAAUUAGAAAUAUUAUACACUAUAUCCUAAUUUCUUAUUUCAGAUGUUUUAGUAGCAACUUUAAAAUUACGAUACAGUGAAAAAUUUGAUCCAGUGUUAGCAAAUAUAGUAUCUAAUAUGUACCUAUGCACCUAUUGUAAUCAAAACAACAUUUAAUAAUACCACCAAAAAAUACUAUCAUAGAAAAAACAUUGGUAUUUGUCAUUGAACGAUAGCAUGAUUCUCAUUUAUUAGUAGUACAAGUAGUAACCCUAUGACUAUAUGUAAAAUCAUAUUAUCUGUGCUAUAACUAAACAUUGUAGUUGUUGUUGUAAUUAGAGAAUAUACCUAAAAUUUUUAUGUCUGUAAUUAUAGACAGUCAAAAUAGAUAUUUAGAUGUAGAAUAGAAGCAUUGUAUCCGAUUAUUUUUUAUUUGCGGAGAAAAUGAUAACAUAUACUCGUACAUAUGAGAGAAUACAUAGGUCGGCGCAGUUUGAUAAUUAAAAUCAUAAAAAAAUAAUACGUGAGUGCUAUUCUUUUUAAAAGACCCUUCUCUGCUUCAUAAUGUAAGCAUUAUCCUAAUAACGAAGUGUCACUUGUUUCUAAUACUUAUAUCUAGUUGAACCUAUAUUAAUAAUGUCGUAAUUUGAGAUCAACUUUUUUAUUACCUAGUUGAUUAUGGGAACCAGUUACUUCCUUGGUACUUAUGACUAUUAUGUUGUGAUGAACAGAUGUGAUUUAUUAUACAAAAUAAAACCCGGUGUUAAUUUUUAUACAUGCCUACCUAGUUUGUAAUUGUUAUUUAUGUACUAAGUUCUGACCAAUUUUUUUUAAAUUCUAAUUAUAAGCAAAUACUAAUAUAAAUAUGAAAUAUUUAUUAUAUAAUUUAAAAAUAUUUAGAUAAUUCUGAUUUUGGGACAAUAUAAAAAUGAUAAUAAAAAUUUCUAGCUAGAUAGUACCUAUAUUCUCAUAAUAAUUUAUUGUAAUAAUACCUAUAUUAGAUGUACUAGUAGUAGUAUGUAUAUU